ACGGCGCGUGCGCGGGGGCGGGGCCGCGGGGGCGCAUGCUCGGCCCCGCCCCACGUGACCCGGCGCGUCUCCCCGUUCCGGCCAUGGCGGCGGGGGAGGUCGGGGCCGUGGGAUCCGCCGAGCAGUUCCAGCAGCUGCUGCAGCACAAGGACGGGUCCCUGGUAGUUGUCCACUUCUGGGCACCAUGGGCUCCUCAGUGUGCUCAGAUGAAUGAGGUUAUGGCAGCACUAGCAAAGGAACACACGCAGGUUACGUUUGUGAAGCUGGAAGCGGAAGCUGUGCCUGAAGUAUCUGAAAAAUACGGAAUUAGUUCUGUCCCAACAUUCUUAUUCUUUAAGAAUUCUCAGCAAGUCGACAGAUUAGAUGGUGCCCAUGCCCCGGAGCUGAGCAAGAAGGUGCAGCGCCACGCGGCCAGCAGCUCCGCUCCCGCGGGCACCAGCGACUCCGCCAAGGGAGAUCUCAACGCGCGGCUGAAGAAGCUCAUCAACGCGGCCCCUUGCAUGCUGUUCAUGAAGGGCUCUCCCAAAGAGCCGCGCUGCGGUUUCAGCAAGCAAAUGGUGGAGAUACUGAACAAACAUGGUGUUUCAUUUAGCAGUUUUGAUAUUUUUUCUGAUGAAGAAGUUCGUCAGGGGCUGAAAACAUAUUCUAAUUGGCCAACUUACCCGCAGUUGUAUGUGGCUGGAGAGCUUAUAGGUGGACUGGAUAUUGUGAAGGAACUCGAGGCAUCUGGAGAACUGGCCACGGUCUGUCCGAAGGCGCAGAAGCUGGAGGACAGGCUUAAAAACUUGAUAAACAAAGCUCCUGUAAUGCUUUUUAUGAAGGGAAGCAAACAGAUGGCAAGAUGUGGAUUCAGCAGGCAGAUUAUAGAAAUCAUGAACAAUACUGGUGUUGAUUACGAGACGUUUGACAUACUGGAAGAUGAAGAGGUGCGACAAGGAUUAAAAACCUACUCAAACUGGCCAACGUAUCCUCAGUUAUAUGUGAAAGGUGAACUGGUUGGAGGGCUGGAUAUUGUAAAGGAACUAAAGGAGAGCGGUGAAUUGUUGCCUGUUCUGAAGGGAGAAAAUUAACGGAGAAGGACGUCAGUGGGAACAGAAAUACUUGGAACAGUUAUUCAUGUAUAGAUUAUAUUGGAGCAAUAUACAACUUAGCCUUGUGGAACUGGUGGGGAGUAAAUCAAGACAGCUCAUGUACUUUAUGUGUUUCACAAGACCGUGUCACGUAUGAAAAUGUUUCCACUGAAGGUACAAAAAUGUCAAGAUCUUCAAAUUCGAUUAAAAUAGAAUGCUAAAGA